CUAUUCCAUUCAUUGCCUAACACUCACCGAAAACAAACGAUGACUCUUGUCGGAAGCAUUCUUGGCUUCUCAGCGUUUGGUCUGGUUUCGCGUUUCGGCCAGCUCGCCAUCCAAAAGCGGAACCUCGCGGACAACCUGGGUGGCCACCUGAUUGCCAUGGGCGUUUUCGGCGCCGCCGGAUACUACAUGCACCAGUGGGAUGAACGUGCAGCGGUCCUGCUCGCAGCGAAGCGGAAACAAAUUGCGGAGAGACGGUCAGCAAGUGGGGUAGAAGCAGAGGCAUGAUUGGUGUUGGAAACAUUCUCCCUUUAUCAUUUGCCCGGAGCUUUAGAACCAUCGCUGUAUAGAACUAGCUUAUAACAAUCUUUC